CAAAUGUACAGGUGUAACGACUGCGGUUUCGAAACUAAAUACAGGAGCUUUUUCGAAAAGCAUCAACUGCAACAUAAAGAUCCUUCGCAGGUUCAGAUGUACCGGUGUAAUGACUGCGAUUUUGAAACUAAAUACAAGAAUAAUAUUAAACAGCACCAACUGAAACAUAAAGUUCCUUCGCAGGUUGAAGAGUAUGGGUGUAACAAGUGCGAUUUCAAAACUAAAUACAACAGUCAUUUAAAACAGCAUCAACUGAAACAUAAAGAUCCUGCACAAGUUCAAAUGUACAGGUGUCUCGAUUGCCAUUAUGAAACUAAAUUUAAGAGUUAUCUCAAAGAGCAUCAAGUAAAACAUAAAGAUCCUUCGCAGGUUCAAAUGUACAGGUGUAUGAACUGCGAUUUCGAAACUAAGUACAGGAGUGGUAUCAAACAGCACCAACUGAAGCAUAAAAAUCCUUUGCUAGUACAAACAUACAAGUGUAACGACUGCAAUUACGAAACUAAGUACAGGAAUAAUAUCGGACAGCACCAACUGAAACAUAGAGAUCCUUCUCAGGUCCAGACAUACAAGUGUAACAACUGCCUCUUUGAAAGUAUCUACAAGCAUCAUCUGCAACGGCAUCAACUGAAACAAAUAUGCUGCGUAAAUUCUAAAAGUAAUAGUGUGGAUCCAAGUACAGAAGUGGUAUAAAAUGUCACGUGUUGAAGCAUAGAAAGCAUUCACGAGUGCAAAGUAGUUUUUGACGAGACAUCAAUCGAUGCAAAAAAAAUGUGUGCAGAUUUCCGAAAAAUCUUCUAAUUAGAAGACAGUGGUUUAGAAGCUUAGGAAUUCCAUAUACAGAAACAAUAUCUAUAUAUACCUAUAUAUGCUCUGACCACUUUUGUAAUAAAAUGCAGGAUAAUAUUCUUAGGAUAAAGCAUAAGUUAACAAAAAAUAUUUUAUUUCAUAAUCAAUAAAUUUCUAUUUGAGUAA